AUGACUAGUGAAGGACCUGAGGAUUGGUUCCCUUGGCUCUCACUGGUAGAAUGGUGGUACAACUCCACCUACCAUUCUGCCAUUCAAACCACUCCCUAUGAGGCCUUGUAUGGUCAGCCAACUUCUCAACACCUUCCCUACUUAGCUGGAUCUCCCAAGGUUAACAGCGUGGACCGUAGCCUGCAACAAAGAGAAGCUACUCGACAGUUGCUCAAGUACCACCUUAAAACGUGCCCAAGACCAUAUGAAACACUAUGCAAUAAUAGGAGAAGUGAGAGAAGUUUUAAAGUACGUGACUGGGUGUAUUUGAAACUUCAACCUUAUAGGCAACAUUCUUUGAGGAGGGUAAGGAAUCAGAAGCUCUCUUCUAAAUUUUAUGGGCAAUUUCUGAUUAAGGCUAAGGUGGGUGAUGUAGCCUAUGCCUUACAAUUGCCCCUUGGCUCAAAGAUCCACCCAACUUUCCACGUUUCCCGACUCAAACGCCAUGUUGGUUAUCAACCAGUCACUGCCACAUUGCCACCUAUUGGACCUGAAGGUAUGCUGUUAAAGGAGCCAUCUUGA